CUGUUUUGUGUCCUGAGUUUUUGCAGUUUUCUGUCAUUCUUGUUGCUUUGCCUCAUUUUUGGACGCCUUGUUUUGAUGUUUUUCUAUCACCAUGUCAGACGUUUAAACUCUGAACUAAUGUCGUCUCCUCAUCCUUCUGUGGACGUUCUCAGUCAUCAGGUCCUGGUGAUGGUAGGAGCUUCAGGAGAAACCAACUGGAGGAUCUUGAAGACAUUUCUAGAAACAUCUUCCAGAACCUCCAGUUGGUUCCUCCUGGAGCUCCUACCAUCUCCUCAUGCUGUAGAUGUUUUCUAUCUCCCUGUUUCCAGACGUUUCUUCUCCACUCUGCUCAUCAUCUGUAGAAGAUGUUCCUCCGUGCUGGAUGGAUCUCCAACAGCCUGCUCCUCUGUUCUCUGGUUCUGCUGCAUUUAUUUGACUGGUUUUCCUCUCCAGAACCAUCAGGAAGUUCAAACCUGCUCCUGGAGACAGAACGUUUCCUUCUCAGACUGAAGGUGAACCUGAUGACCUUCAUGGAACUGAGGACAUAAAACGUAUAAAACGGAUCUACGGAACCGACUCACUGUUAAAGUGGACUUCCAGGAAACUCCAACUUGGUUCUGCUCCUGAGAGGUUCUGUUCUGGGGAAGAUCUGCCAAACCCUGGAGCUUCAGCUUGGAGAACCUGGUUCCUCUGGUCGGGGUCAUGGUGGAGGAAUCGAGAUCCUUAAAGGUUCAAACCCAAAGACCAAAACCAGCCAAAAAACAGAUCCAGACCAGUCUGGUCCAGAACUAUUCUACAUGAAGUCCAGAACUAAGUCCACAACCUAGUCCAGAACUAGUUCUAAACCAGGACCAAAGGUUCUUGGUUCCUGGUUGAUGGUUUUUGUGGUCUUCAUGAGGGUUCAGAGUUCUGAUGUUGGAGAUCCGGUCAGAACCUGUAGAACUUUAUAAACAUGGAGUUGCUGUGUUCCUGUGUUUCAGGUGUUUAGAUGUUUAGAUGAGUUCAGGUGUCCUCAGGAGUCUUCACGUUUCUUCAGGUGUCUUCUGGAGUCUCGUGUCUCUGAACUUGUUGCUCGUUGGAGGAGCUCUGCGGGGGGCAGUGCGCAUGCUCCGUGGGCAUGUUGGAGCAGCUUUCAUGUGUCGGUCUCAACACCUCCGCUCACUUCCUGCUUUUAACCCGCGGUGUUCGGAGGGAGGAGCCGAGCCGAGCCGAACCGAGCCGAGCGGAGUGAGAGCAGCUCCGGAGAAGGUCCAACCUGCAGGACGGUCCCUGGUCCCGGUCCCAGUACCGGUUCUGCCUCCUGCUGAGAGUCCGUCCGGGUCCGCCCGGCGGGUCCCUGAACGCACCACCUGAAUGUGACAGGAGUCGGGCUGAACUUUGAGCGGCUCUCUGACGCCCUGAGGCCGGGGGACGGAGCCUCCUGUCCGGCCGCCGCUGCACCGACGCCCCGCUGAGCAGCUCCAGGACCGGCAGCAUGUCGGACUCCGCGUCCAGCUUCCUCCACAUCGGAGACAUCGUCUCUCUGUACGCCGAGGGGUCCGUGAACGGAUUCAUCAGCACCCUGGGGUUGGUGGAUGACAGAUGUGUGGUGGAACCAGCUGCUGGGGAUUUAGAGAACCCUCCAAAGAAGUUCAGAGACUGCCUGUUCAAGGUCUGUCCGAUGAGCCGCUACUCGGCUCAGAAACAGUUCUGGAAAGCCAAACAAGCCAAACACGAGAAGGACAAGAUCGCGGACGUGGUUCUACUACAGAAACUGCAGCAUGCGUCCAACCUGGAGCAGAAGCAGAAUGAGACCGAAAACAAGAAGGUCCACGGAGACGUCGUCAAAUAUGGAACCGUCAUUCAGCUGCUCCACAUGAAGAGUAAUAAAUUGACGGUUAACAAACGUCUGCCGGCGCUGCUGGAAAAAAACGCCAUGAGGGUGACUCUGGACGGGACGGGGAACGAAGGCUCCUCUUUUAUCCAACCGUUCUGGAAGCUACGCGCCAACGGAGACAACGUGGUGGUUGGAGAUAAAGUGAUCCUGAACCCGGUAAACGCCGGACAGCCGCUGCACGCCUCCAGCUACGAACUCACCGACCAUCCAGGAUGUAAAGAGGUGAACUCUGUGAACUGCAACACCAGCUGGAAGAUCAACCUGUUCAUGAUGUUUAGCGACCACCGGGAGGAAGUCCUCAAAGGAGGCGACGUUGUGCGUUUGUUUCACGCCGAGCAGGAGAAGUUUCUGACCUGUGACGAGUACAAAAGCAAACUGCACGUUUUCCUCCGAACCACCCUGAGACAGUCGGCAACGUCAGCGACCAGCAGCAACGCUCUGUGGGAGGUGGAGGUCGUCCAUCAUGACCCGUGUCGUGGGGCGGGGCACUGGAACAGCCUCUACCGCUUCAAACACCUGGCGACAGGAAACUACCUGGCUGCUGAGGAGAACCCAGGUUAUAAAGGUGACAACGUAGAGCUUACGUCAUCGAUGGACGGUAGUCGUAGCAACAAGCGUUCCCACGGUGAGAGGAUCAAGUAUAAGCUGGUGGCGGUUCCUCACGGCAAUGACAUCGCUUCUUUGUUUGAACUCGACCCGACGACGCUGCAGAAAACAGACUCCUUCGUUCCGCGAAACUCGUACGUUCGACUGCGACACCUCUGCACCAACACCUGGAUCCAAAGCACCAACGUUCCCAUCGACAUCGACGAGGAGCGACCCAUCAGACUGAUGUUGGGGACGUGUCCAACCAAAGAGGACAAGGAGGCAUUCGCCAUCGUCUCGGUUCCGGUGAUGGAGAUCAGAGACCUGGACUUCGCUAAUGAUGCUAGCGCCAUGCUAAGCACAGUGGUGGACCAGUUCAGCCAGGGCUUCAUCAGCCAGAAUGACAGAAGAUUCGCCAUCAAGCUGCUGGAGGACGUUGUUUUCGUUGCCGACGUCAUCAACAGCGGCCAGUCGGUUCUGGAUGUCGUCAUGACGAAAGCAAACCGAGAGAGACAGAAGCUGAUGAGGGAGCAGAACAUUCUCAAACAGAUCUUCGGCAUCCUGAAGACCCCCUUUAAGGACCGAGGAGGAGGUGAAGGUCCUCUGCUGUGUCUGGAGGAACUGGCCGACCAGAAGAACUCUCCAUACCAGUACAUGUUCAGACUCUGCUACAUCCUGAGACACUCCCAGGAGGACUACCGCAAGAACCAGUGAGGAGGACGAACGGUUCCUCUCCAGGAGCACAUCGCCAAGCAGUUCGGCGUCAUGCAGAGUCAGAUCGGAUACGACAUCCUGGCUGAAGACACCAUCACCGCUCUGCUGCACAACAACCGCAAGCUGCUGGAGAAACACAUCACCAAGACCGAGGUGGAGACCUUCGUCAGCCUGGUCCGCAAGAACCGAGAGCCCAGGUUUCUGGACUACCUGUCGGACCUCUGCGUGUCCAACAACGUGGCCAUCCCUGUCACCCAGGAGCUCAUCUGUAAAUGUGUCCUGGACCCCAAGAACCAGGACAUCCUCAUCAAGACAGAACGUCGCUUGCCAAGAGAGUCACCCCCUGGUGGUGUUCAGGGAGAAUACAUGGGGAUGGACGACUUUGGGGACGAGGAUGAGGUGUGGCUGGUGUGGACUGAUAAGACCAAUGAGAAGCAGGAGAAGAGUAUCAGACAGCUGGCUCAGGAGGCCAGACAAGGCAACGCUCACGACGAGAACGUCCUCACCUACUACAGGUACCAGCUGAAGCUGUUUGCCCGGAUGUGUUUGGACCGGCAGUACCUGGCCAUCGAUGAGAUCUCCAAGCAGCUGGACGUGGAGCUCAUCUUCCUGUGCAUGAUGGACGAGACGCUGCCCUUCGACCUCCGGGCGUCUUUCUGCCGCCUCAUGCUUCACGCCCACGUAGACCGAGACCCUCAGGAACUGGUGACCCCUGUAAAGUUUGCCCGCCUCUGGACCGAGAUCCCCACCUCCAUCACCAUCAAAGAUUAUGACUCCAACAUGGAUGACAGCAGAGACAACAAGAAGAACCGAUUCUCCAACACCAUGGCCUUCAUGGAGGAGUAUCUCAACAACGUCCUGCAUGACGAGGUGCCGUUCCACAACGAGGAGAAGAACAAGCUAACGUACGAGGUGGUGAGUUUGGCCAGACAUCUCAUCUACUUUGGCUUCUACAGCUUCUUCGAGCUGCUUAGACUCACCAGGACUCUGCUGGGCAUCAUCGACUGCCGACCGAACCCAGGACACGCCGCGCUCAUGUUCCACGAUGACACGUCAGGGAAGAACGUGAAGCGCUCCAUACAUGGGAUGGGUCAGAUGAUGUCCACCAUGGUCCUCAACAGGAAACAGUCCAUAUUUGGAGGUGCAGGGGCCAGGGCGGGGAUGGGGGCGGGGCUUGUGCUUGAUGGACAGCGAGGCAGUAAAGACAGCAUUGACAAAAUGGACCUGACAGUGAUGGACACCAAGCUGAAGAUACUGGAGAUAUUACAGUUCAUCCUGAACGUUCGUCUGGACUACCGCCUCUCCUUCCUGCUGUCCGUCUUUAAGAAGGAGUUUGUGGACGUAUAUCCGAUGGCCGAUGCUGACGCCACCACCAACAUGGAACAAGCAGCCACCAUCAACCUGCAGCACAUUGGAGAGCAGGCGGAGGCCAUGUUUGGAGUCGGUAAAGGGAACAGCAUCCUGGAGGUGGAUGAUGAAGGCGGUCGUAUGUUCCUGCGGGUUCUGAUCCACCUCACGAUGCACGACUACGCCCCUCUGGUGUCCGGAGCCCUGCAACUGCUCUUCAGACACUUCAGCCAGAGACAGGAAGUCCUGCACACCUUCAAACAGGUCCAGCUGCUGAUCUCAGCUCAGGAUGUAGAAAACUACAAACUGAUCAAAGCGGAUCUGGAUCGCCUCCGAACGCUGGUGGAGAAAUCUGAACUGUGGGUGGAGAAGAAGAGUUCUGGUGGAGGAGACGGGAAGAAGGACAAGAAAGACAAGAAGGAGAAAGGAGAGGGGGGGUCAGAGGAGGCGACGCCCAAGAAGGAGAAGCUGGAAAAGGGUAACGAGAACUACCAGAAGGUCAAAGAGAUCCUGGAGAGGCUCAAUAAGAUGUGCAGCAGUGGAGUCUGGAAGAAGCAGCAGAGGCUGUUGAAGAACAUGGGAGCUCAUAAAGUGAUGCUGGACCUGCUGCAGGUGUCCUACGACCAGAACGACGUGAAGAUGCAGGAGAUCAUCAGGUACACUCACCUGUUCCUGCAGAAGUUCUGUAUGGGGAACCAGGAGAACCAGACGCUGCUACACAAGAACCUCAACCUGUUCCUCAACCCCGGGCUCCUGGAGGCGGAAACCGUGCAGCACAUCUUCAGUAAUAACUACCAGCUGUGCAGUGAGAUCUCUGAGAGCGUCCUGCAGCACUUCAUCCACUGCCUGGCCACCCACGGCCGCCACGUCCAGUACCUCAACUUCCUCCACAUCAUCAUCAAGGCCGAGGGGAAGUACGUCAAGAAGUGUCAGGACAUGAUCAUGACCGAGCUGACGAACGCCGGCGAGGACGUGGUCGUCUUCUACAACGACAAGACUUCCUUCAACUCCAUGCUGGGGCUGAUGGCGGAGAGCAGGGAGGGCGUCGGGGAGAACAGUCCACUCAGGUACCACAUCUCUCUGGUGGAGCUGCUGGCUGCCUGUGCAGAAGGAAAGAACGUCUACACUGAGAUCAAAUGUACAUCGCUGCUGCCUCUGGAGGAUGUGGUCCGAGUGGUGACCCAUGAGGACUGCAUCACUGAGGUGAAGAUCGCCUACGUCAACUUUGUGAAUCACUGUUAUGUCGACACGGAGGUGGAGAUGAAGGAAAUCUACACGUCUAACCACAUCUGGAAGCUAUUUGAGGACUUCACAGUGGACAUGGCUCGGGUUUGUAAUAAACGUGAAAAACGUCUUUCUGAUCCGAUUCUGGAGAAAUACAUCAUCAACGUGGUGUUCGACACCAUCAACGCCUUCUUCAGCUCUCCGUUCUCUGAAAACAGCACGUCUCUGCAGACCCACCACACCAUCGUGACCCAGCUGCUCCAGUCCUCCGUCAGACUCCUGGACUGUCCGUGGCUCCAGCAGCAGCAUCGAGGUCAGGUGGAGGCCUGCAUCAGAACGCUGGCCCUGACAGCUAAGAGUCGCUCCAUCUCUCUUCCUCUGGACCUGGAGGCUCAGAUCGGUUCCAUGCUGUCCAGCUCGGCUCUCAACUCUUUGUCUCGAUCGAACCCCAACUACAAAUCCUCGUCCCGUUCCUCCCGGCCGACAGCUCCCAGCAACCCCUGGGACUACAAGAACAUCAUCGAGAAGCUGCAGGACAUCAUCAACACUCUGGAGGAACGUCUGAAGCCGCUGGUGGACGCCGAGCUGUCGGUUCUGGUGGACGUUCUCCACCAGCCGGAGCUCCUGUUCCUGGAGGGGACAGAUGCUCGGCAGCGCUGCGAGUCUGGAGGCUUCAUCUCCAAGUUGAUCCAACACACCAAAGCUUUGAUGUCCUCAGAGGAGAAGCUGUGCAUCAAAGUUCUGAGGACGCUGCAGGAGAUGCUGAUCAGGACGCUGGACUUCGAUGACAAGGGAAUCUCACUGAGGAAGAUUCUACUGCAGAACUACCUGUUUCCAAACAAGAAGAACAACCCCAAGAACGACCUGGCUGAACUGGGAGCUGCAGGUGGGGAACAGGAACGUGAUUGGACGGCGGUGGCGGCGAUUCAGUGCCGUCUGGACCGAGAAGGAGGAACAAAGCUGUUCACUGAUCUGGUGAUGAGCACCAAGAAUGACAAGAUCUUCCAGGAAAGCAUCCAGCUGGCCAUCUGUCUGCUGGAGGGAGGCAACACCGAGAUCCAGAAUUCCUUCUACAAACUGAUGAUGGGCGAUAACAAGUCAGAGAAGUUCUUCAAAGUUCUCCAUGACCGGAUGAAAGAAGCUCAGACCGACAUUAAAGCUACAGUUUCUGUGAAUGUUGGAGAGAUGACGCACAAAGCCAACGAGAAGGAGCUGGAUAAUGGAGGCUCUACAACGCUGGUACUUCCUGGUUCAGGAGGUCACCCCUUAUUGGUCCAGGGUCAGUCCAUCGCCCCGGUAACCGGCGCCUCCGCCCUGCCGACUCAGCCAGUCGUAGAGCAGAGAGAAGUGGAGACGGAGAUGGGACCAGCAGUGAUCAUCAUGAAGCCCAUUCUGAGGUUCCUGCAGCUGCUCUGUGAGAACCACAACCACGACCUGCAGAACUUCCUACGCUGUCAGAACAAUAAGACCAACUACAACCUGGUCUGUGAGACGCUCCAGUUCCUGGACAUCAUGUGUGGUUCCACCACUGGAGGUCUGGGUCUGCUGGGCCUCUACAUCAACGAGUCCAACGUUCACCUCAUCACCCAGACCCUGGAGACCCUCACUGAGUACUGCCAAGGGCCCUGCCAGGAGAACCAGACGUGCAUCGUGACCCACGAGUCCAACGGCAUCGACAUCAUCACCGCUCUGAUCCUGAACGACAUCAGUCCUCUGUGUCGCUACCAGAUGGAGAUGGUUCUGCAGCUGAAGGACAACGCCUCCAAGCUGCUGCUGGCCCUGAUGGAGAGUCGCCACGACAGCGAGAACGCCGAGCGAAUCCUGUUCAACCUGCGGCCGCGAGAGCUGGUGGAAGUGAUCAAGAAGGCCUACCAGCAGGAGAGCGAGUGUGAAGAUGCAGAGGUGUCUCCACGGGAGGUCGGACACAACAUCUACAUCCUGGCUCAGCAGCUGGCGAGACACAACAAAGUGCUGCAGAACCUUCUGAAGCCCACCAAGAAGAGCAAAGAAGGAGAAGAGGGCAUCUCCUCCAUGCUGAACCUGAACAACCGUCCGUUGUCCCAGAUGUUGAAGUCUUCAGCUCCAGCUGCUGUGGUGGAACAGGAUCCUCUGGAGUUCUACGACCAGCUCACCUCCCAGAUAGAGAUCGUCCGUGAGGACCGCAGCAUGGAGCAGAUCGUGUUUCCGGUUCAUCCCAUCUGUGAGUUUCUGACUGAAGAGUCCAAGUUCAGAGUCUUCAACACCACCGAGCAGGACGAGCAGGGAUCCAAGGUGACCCACUUCUUCGAGCAGACGUCCUUCCUCCACGGGGAGAUGGAGUGGCAGAAGAAGCUGAGGAGUAUGCCGCUGCUCUACUGGUUCUCCAGGAGGAUGACUCUGUGGGGAACCAUCUCCUUCAACCUGGCCGUCUUCAUCAACCUCAUCAUCGCCUUCUUCUACCCCUACGACUCCGGACAAGCAGGAGCAAUCGACGACUCGCUGCUGCUGAUGCUGUUCUGGAUCCUCACCGGACUGUCUGUCUUGGCGUUGUUCUCACAGCGUUACGGCCUCCAGCCGCUCACCCUGGCCCUCAUCCUCAGGUCCAUCUACCACCUGGGCAUCGGCAACACCCUCAUCCUGCUGGGAUCGCUCAACCUCAUCAAUAAGGUGGUGUUCGUCGUGAGUUUUGUGGGGAACAACGGGACUUUCAUCAUGGGCUACAAGGCCAUGGUGAUGGACGUGGAGUUCCUCUACCACCUGGCGUAUGUCCUCACCUCCACGCUGGGACUCUUCGUCCACGAGCUCUUCUACAGCAUCCUGCUGUUUGACCUGAUCUACCGGGAGGAGACUCUGUUCAACGUGAUAAAGAGCGUGACUCGUAACGGCCGGUCCAUCCUGCUGACGGCGCUGCUCGCCCUCAUCCUCGUCUACCUCUUCUCCAUCGUGGGCUUCCUGUGCCUGAAGGAGGACUUCAUCAUGGAGGUCGACCCGCUGCCACAGAUCACUGCAGGUACCAGACAAACCCAACGACCUUAGCUAGCUAACAUAGCUUUAGCGUUGGGGAUGACUCUGACUCCCCAGACCUGUUCUCCAGAUGUUCCACAGAGCGAAGCCUCUCAGGAUUUCCUGGAGUCGUGUUCUGCAGAUGGAGUGAGCUGCACCGUGGAGGCCGAGGCCAUCACCGCCACCGAAGAGGACGAUGAAGCAAACUCAGAGCGAGCCUGCGACACUCUCUUAAUGUGCAUCGUCACCGUAUUAAAUCACGGAUUGAGGAACGGAGGAGGAGUCGGCGACGUUCUCCGGAAACCGUCCAAGAACGAGCCGCUGUUUCCUGCCCGGGUGGUCUAUGACCUGCUCUUCUACUUCAUCGUCAUCAUCAUCGUCCUCAACCUCAUCUUUGGAGUCAUCAUUGACACGUUCGCUGACCUGAGGAGCGAGAAGCAGAAGAAGGAGGAGGUCCUGAAGACGACGUGCUUCAUCUGUGGUCUGGAGAGAGAUAAGUUUGACAAUAAGACGGUGUCGUUUGAGGAGCACAUCAAGCUGGAGCACAACAUCUGGAACUACCUGUACUUCAUCGUUCUGGUGCGUGAGAAGAACAAGACGGACUACACGGGACCAGAGAGCUACGUGGCUCACAUGAUCAAGGACAACAACCUGGACUGGUUUCCACGGAUGCAGGCGAUGUCACUGGUGGUAACCGACGGCGACGGGGAGCAGAACGAGAUGAGGAUGUUGCAGGACAAACUGGCAUCGACCAUGAAGGUGGUGACGACUCUGACCACCCAGCUGACAGAGCUGAAGGAACAGAUGACGGAACAGAGGAAGAGGAGGCAGAGGAUGGGCUUCGUGGACGUUCAGGCCGGAGCUACUGGAGCUCUGCCUCCCAGUGCCGCCGGAGGAAACCACCAGAUCUACAAGACCUGACCCAACAUCUGCAGACCAUCCAACUGGACUGAUGGACCAGAGGAACACUAGAACACAGCUGUUUGAGGAACAUCAGCACUUAGAACCUGAAACUUCAGCCACGUUUCAGAAGUUUAGACCAAGUUUACCCACUAUCUGCUCUCAGUUUAAUCUGGAAUCCUUCAUGAACUUCUAACACUAGCCCUGCUCUGGAUGUUUUUUUAAUACGUUUAAACUUUAAUAAGUUCUCCUUUAACAAACACAGAACCAGGAUUAGUGGCAUCAGCUGAGGACUCAGCACGAUUCAUUACCAUGUGUCUACAAAAAUUAGACACAACAAAAAUGAGACAAAACGACAAAAACGAGUGAUAAAAUGACAAAAAUUAGUCACAAAACAACAAUUAGACACAAAAUGACAAAAAAUAGAUGUGGACCAACAAAAAUGACACACAAUAACAAAAAAUAGACACAAAACAAAAAAAACAAGACAAAAUGAUAUAAAACAUGAUUAGUGGUAUCAGCUGAUGAGAACUCAGAAAGUUUGACUAAAUGAGGCUAACGCUAACGUUCCUCCCAUCUGCUCCACAGUCCAAAGGAAUUACAGAACAAUCGUCUAAUUUCACUCAUUUUUAGUUGAUAAUCUGCUGUUCAUUCCAAGUUUCUUUCUGUUAAAAGGAGUUAUUUCUGAUUUUAGGGGUUCAGCUCUGAUGGGUUCUGUGAGGCGUCUUGAUUGGAGCUGAAGAAAUAAAACUGAACUGAACUGAAAGUCAAAGAGCUUCAGGCUUCAGUUAGACAUUGAAACCAGCUGUAGAUGAGGCAUCUGGCCAGCAGGGGGCGCUGCAGGAUGGAACCAAUGUGGAGGUUCAUGAUUCCAGAAGCUUCUCAUCAGAUUCUGCAGCAACAAAUAGUCAUUUCUUAAUAAUUUUCUGGAAAACAAGCAUAAAAAAACAGAGUUACUGAUCCCAAAAAUUAACUAAUUAGAUGUACAUUGUUUAAUUUGUGGUUUUAUAAAAACCGAAGCGACUUUAAAAACAUCUGGAGCUGAACGAUUCUAAAGUUCCUCUGACUAGAAUUCAGUUUGACCUUCAGAUAAACUAAAUGUGUAAAAAUGAUUAAAACUGUAAAUAGGAGCAGAAGUCUUCCAGCUGUUUGAACCAGUCGUGUUUUUAUUAAAAAUCUGGAGAACCCAUAGUUUGUAGGAGCUCUGUGUUCUUGUUGUGUUUAUUUGUGAUCUAUUUAAAGAACCAGAACAUUCUGUGUGUUUUAACCAACGAGUCCCUUCACUGGAUCAUCGCCUGUUCAUAGAAAAUAAGAUGUGGUUCAGUGAGGAACAGACGGAGAACGUCCAGAAGGAGGAAGACGUUUCCUCACCUGGUGAUGUUUGUAAAGCUGCAAUGGUUUAAGGUUUAUUUAAUGCAUACAUUUGGAUUUAAGGUUCAAUAUUAGACGUUAGACUGCAUAACUAAAACUGGUGUUUCUUUAAUGUGCUCACAUAGUUUGGAUGAUUUCAUAAAAUGUAGAAUUAACGUUUGCAAAGAUGUUUGCCAGCGAAAAGCAGAAGAGAAAUCUGAAACGCAGCAGCAGGAAUGUUCUGGAAGAAGAUGAAUGAGAUGGAAAUAAUAUUUAAUAAAACAGAAAAAAACUUUG